AUGCCGCCGCCCACCACCCAGCAACGUUCCGUCGCCCCAGAGACCUUCCUCCUCGACCAGGACGCCCAGCAGAGCCUGCCCCAGGACUCUGUCGUUGCCCUCCAGCAGGUCGACAACCUGAAAUACUUCCUCAUCUCGGCCCCGGUCGACUGGAGCCAGGACCAGUAUAUCCGACGUUUUCUGCUCCCGACCGGCGAAUAUGUCUCCUGCGUCUUAUGGAACAAUCUCUUCCACAUCUCCGGUACCGAUAUCGUGCGAUGUCUGUCCUUUCGCUUCCAGGCAUUUGGCAGGCCUGUGAAGAAUACGAAAAAGUUCGAAGAAGGCAUCUUUUCUGACCUGCGCAAUCUCAAAUCUGGCACCGAUGCCUCGCUCGAAGAGCCUAAGAGCCCAUUCCUCGACUUCCUCUACAAAAAUAACUGCAUCCGCACGCAGAAGAAGCAAAAAGUGUUCUACUGGUACAGCGUGCCACAUGAUCGCCUUUUCUUGGACGCGCUGGAGCGGGACCUGAAGCGCGAGAAGAUGGGCCAGGAAGCAACGACUGUGGCCGUCAGCGAGCCGGCGCUUUCCUUCGAAUUCGACUCCUCGCAGUCCCUCUUCGAGCAGCUCACCAAGGCCCAGCAGAACAACCAGUCGACGUUCAAUGCCCCACCGCAGUCAAUGCCUCCUUCGCAUUCGACCUCGCCCGUUCUUCGAGCAGCCGAUUCCAUGCCCCCGCCUUCCAUGAUUCCUCAACAGCACAUGCCGCCAACUUCGAUGCCUCAGCAAAUGUCUCAACCCAGUAUGCAACCAGACAUGCACGCUGAAUCAUUGACGCAUGUGCCAACGUACUCCCAGAUGGCGAUGCCGCCUAUGCCGUCUCAGAUUCAGAAGACGCGUGAGCAAUCGAUAGGCCCAGUCUUCGAUCGCAACGGUGUCCCCAUUUCGCAAGUUGCAAACAGGCACAGUUCGAUGCCAGCAUACAUGGAGUAUUCACCCGCACCGUCUUUUGUUUCAUCGCAUCUGGGUGAGGACUACAGCCAGCGUGGUUUAUCUUUCGAGCCACUUACUCCACCGCAACAUUCAGUCGGCAUGCCAUCUGAGCCCACCUACAUCGCCAACGAGGACACCGGUCUCUACGCAGCAAUACCUGAUGUCGGCCUUCAGCAACCGUUCAACCCACUCAUGUCUGUUCCACCAAACAUGCCUGGCGCUCACUACCCAUCGUCAAUGUCGCGCAGCUACCAACCGCAGCAGGUCUACUCUGUCCUGGAAGGCUCCCCUACUUACAAGCAACGGCGACGACGGUCCUCACUCACCAACACUGCCGCUGUUACCACUGGUGUUACAUCUGCUGGUGGCGUCACUGCGCAUGCUCACGCUGUGCACCGACCAAGUGAUCUUCGCCGAUCAAUGUCUACGUCUGUCGCGCCACAAGCUAUCCCAGAAGGCCAUGAGGUGUCGUACAAUGACUCGCCGGCAAGCAUGCACACGAAUCAGCACCCCGGGCCCAUGAUGGGCGACCACAAGGAGUUGAUGGAUCUUUCACGUCAUAGCACACCGUCGCAUGCCGUCGAAGGGGCUAUGGACGAGCGGGCGCAUCGUCAGCCAAUGCACAUGGGCAAUGUUCACAGCGAGGACUUUGCGCACGGACACUACAACUCUAGCCCAAGUCAAGACUAUCGCCAUCCUUCUCUCCAACACCAUGCGGUGCAGCGCACUGCCAACGGUGUCUUCCGCAGAGCCCGCAGCGCGACCGUCAGCGAGCUUGGACCAUACCCACAGAAGAGCCACUCAUGUCCGAUCCCCAUGUGUGGUCGACUCUUCAAGCGAUUAGAGCACCUCAAACGUCAUGUUCGUACGCACACGCAGGAGCGACCAUACCUCUGCACCCUCUGCAACAAAGCCUUUUCCAGAUCUGACAACCUAGCACAGCAUCGCCGCACGCACGAGACUAGCGCUGAUGGCUCAGCACCGUCCGAAGAAGAAAUGGAAGAGGAACGUGACGCAAUGGCUGAGGCGGAAGAUGGCCCAGAAUUGGACGACGCGUCCUACCAAGCCGCCAUUGCAAUGACGACCGGCCAGGACCUCCCAGGCGUCAUGCCCACGCACAUCGAUAUGCGCAGCUUGAACCACGCCGAGAUGGGACCUCCACAUCAGAUGGUGACGACUGGCGACUACCAGUAA